AUGGCUGACCCGGCUGCGGGGCCGCCGCCGAGCGAGGGCGAGGAGAGCACCGUGCGCUUCGCCCGCAAAGGCGCCCUCCGGCAGAAGAACGUGCACGAGGUGAAGAACCACAAAUUCACCGCCCGCUUCUUCAAGCAGCCCACCUUCUGCAGCCACUGCACCGACUUCAUCUGGGGCUUCGGGAAGCAGGGAUUCCAGUGUCAAGUUUGCUGCUUUGUCGUGCACAAGCGUUGCCAUGAGUUCGUCACGUUCUCCUGCCCUGGUGCAGACAAGGGCCCAGCCUCUGACGAUCCCCGGAGCAAACACAAGUUUAAGAUCCACACCUACUCCAGCCCCACCUUUUGUGACCACUGUGGAUCGCUGCUGUACGGACUCAUCCACCAGGGGAUGAAAUGUGACACCUGUAUGAUGAACGUCCACAAGCGCUGUGUGAUGAAUGUCCCCAGCCUCUGUGGCACUGACCACACGGAACGCCGCGGCCGUAUCUACAUCCAGGCUCACAUUGAAAGGGAGGUCCUCAUCGUUGUCGUAAGAGAUGCUAAAAAUCUUGUACCUAUGGACCCCAAUGGCUUGUCAGAUCCCUACGUUAAACUGAAACUGAUUCCUGAUCCCAAAAGUGAGAGUAAGCAGAAGACCAGGACCAUCAAGUGCUCUCUCAAUCCAGAGUGGAACGAGACCUUCAGAUUUCAGCUGAAGGAAUCAGACAAAGACAGAAGACUGUCCGUAGAGAUCUGGGAUUGGGACCUGACCAGCAGGAAUGACUUCAUGGGAUCUCUGUCAUUUGGGAUUUCGGAACUGCAGAAGGCUGGCGUGGAUGGCUGGUUCAAGCUACUGAGCCAGGAAGAGGGCGAGUACUUCAAUGUGCCUGUGCCACCGGAGGGAAGCGAGGGCAAUGAAGAGCUGCGGCAGAAGUUUGAGAGAGCCAAGAUCAACCAGGGUACCAAAGCUCCAGAAGAAAAGACAGCCAACACCAUCUCCAAAUUUGACAACAAUGGCAACAGGGACCGGAUGAAACUGACCGAUUUUAACUUCCUGAUGGUGCUGGGGAAAGGCAGCUUUGGCAAGGUCAUGCUCUCAGAGCGGAAAGGUACAGAUGAGCUCUACGCAGUGAAGAUCCUGAAGAAAGACGUGGUGAUCCAAGAUGACGAUGUGGAGUGCACGAUGGUUGAGAAGCGGGUGCUGGCCCUGCCUGGGAAGCCGCCCUUCCUGACUCAGCUCCACUCCUGCUUCCAGACCAUGGACCGCCUGUACUUUGUGAUGGAGUAUGUGAAUGGGGGUGACCUCAUGUACCACAUCCAACAAGUUGGCCGGUUCAAGGAGCCCCACGCAGUAUUUUACGCUGCAGAGAUUGCCAUCGGUCUGUUCUUCUUACAGAGCAAGGGCAUCAUUUACCGUGACCUAAAACUUGACAACGUGAUGCUGGAUUCCGAGGGGCACAUCAAGAUCGCAGACUUUGGCAUGUGUAAGGAGAACAUCUGGGAUGGGGUGACAACCAAGACUUUCUGCGGCACUCCGGACUACAUUGCCCCAGAGAUCAUCGCUUAUCAGCCCUAUGGAAAGUCUGUGGACUGGUGGGCGUUUGGAGUGCUGCUCUAUGAAAUGCUGGCCGGCCAGGCACCUUUUGAAGGGGAGGAUGAGGAUGAGCUGUUCCAGUCCAUCAUGGAGCACAAUGUGGCAUAUCCCAAGUCCAUGUCGAAGGAAGCUGUGGCCAUCUGCAAAGGGCUAAUGACCAAACACCCAGGCAAGCGUCUGGGUUGUGGACCUGAAGGGGAACGAGACAUUAAAGAACAUGCAUUUUUCCGGUAUAUUGACUGGGAGAAACUCGAACGCAAGGAGAUUCAGCCACCAUAUAAACCAAAAGCUUGUGGGCGAAAUGCUGAGAACUUCGACCGGUUUUUCACCCGUCAUCCACCAGUCCUAACACCUCCUGACCAGGAAGUCAUCAGGAAUAUUGACCAAUCAGAAUUCGAAGGAUUUUCCUUUGUUAACUCUGAAUUUUUAAAACCUGAAGUCAAGAGCUAAGUAGAUCUGUAGAUCUCCGUCCUUCAUUUCUGUCAUUCAAGCUCAACAGUUAUCAUGGUGACAUUUUUUUUUUUUAAAUCAUUGCCAAGUUACAUCUGUGUUUUCUUUUCUGAUGAGGCUAGAGUGGCCAUGUUUCAGAACCCAAAUGUCCUCAAGUAGUUUGGAGCAUCUCGAGGAGAUGGGAUUAUGCAGGUGGCAUGAAGAAGGUGCUGCAUAAUUGAGACACGCUCAAAGUCCUCCUACUGUGUGCAACCCCAGCAUGUCGGGCCCACCGGGGAGAGAAAAAGCUUGCUUUCUCUCCCUCCUUCUCUGCACCGCCAUUUUUUACCCAAUCAUGGAGUCUACAUCCUCCCUACAAAAUGGAUGGAUGAGCUGAAUGCUAACAAUAGCCUUUCACGUUCCAGACUGGGAGCUUGGCUUGAAUCCAACUGUAUGGCUGCUUUGCCCUAGAGGGAAUCCCUCCACACUGCCUCUUCCGCAGGCAGUAGAGCUUUGAAAAGAACAUGCUAAAAAUAAAGUUUUAUUUUUAUUUUUUAAACUCAACGUUAAGACGAUUAUCUAAGACCUGAUAAGAAAGAAAGAAAGAAAGAAAGAAAGAAAGAAAGAAAGAAAGAAAGAAAGAAAGGAAGGAAGGAAAGAAGAAAGGAAGGAAGGAAGGAAGGAAGGAAGGAAGAAAGAAAGAAAGAAAGAAAGAAAGAAAGAAAGAAAGAAACCAAGCAAACAGGAAUGCGCUUUUAGACAAGUCAAUCUAAAAGCACUUCCAGGGUCAAAGGGCAAUCAGCUUGAGUGCUACCACCAUGCUGCAGUUUCUAACCCUGUGUGUCUGAAACUGGUACCCUCAUUCCCCAAACUACUCAAGAACGGCAUUUGGCACUGUUCCUGGAACCACAUGGCCACUCUAGCAAGGUCCCAAAGGACCAUGAUUUUACAUUACAUUUCAAACGUUAUUUGCUUUUUUUAUUUCUGUCAUUGUUGAAAUGCAAACAAACAAACAUACAAAAAAAAGUCACUUUUGUUACACGUGCUUUAAAAACUAUGUCCAGAUGUCAUGAACCACAAUGGCCUGCUUUGUUGAACCAAGAAGACGGGGCCUGGCAGACUUGUGCCUGUGGGGAGGGGGUUUGUGGAGGUGUACCGCUAGCAUUGGAGAAUGGAUACUGGGCUCUAAGAAAGACACCAGCUCUCCAAACCAUGACGGUUGCAUUCUUCAGUUUGAUGUCAUUUUGCAAGAUGUUUGUGGAAAUGUUCAUUAGCACUGCAGUAUCUGUUCUGAUAUUUUUUUCUCCUAGCAUCAAGGUACAAUAAAAAAAAAAAAGACAGAAAAGAAAUCCUAUUUCAAAGAAAACUAUACUAUUUGAACAAUGAGGACCCACACUACAAAGUAGGGCCCAAGGAAGGAACUCAGGAAAAGGGGGGCUGAAGCUGCCUCUUAUGUAGCCUCAGUGUUCAACCAGCCAGGGAGCAGGGCCUGGAGACCAUUCAGGGAAUGUCUGGUGGCCUAAAAUGGGGUAGGGUAGACAGGCUGGAGCCUCCCCCCUACACACACUGUCAGAGUUGAGAGUCCAUAUUCUCACCAGCAUCAAGCUUAGCCGCUAGCUAGGAACGUGCCCAUCACAUUAAGCUUCUCAUCAAAAUCGCUACUCUUCCAAGUUUGAGCUUCCUUGAGCAAGCAACUCAGUGAGCUCCCAGAAGCCAAGUGGUGGGAGAGACUUCAUUUUCCUCUGGACAGAUGAGGACUGCAGGUGACACCCCUCACCCUUGCUUACAGCUCAGCUUCCUGUUCCUCUCUGGCAGUCCUAAAGAGAAUUCUUGUCAUAGGUCCAAAGAUUUCCUGGCCCUCCGGGGUUUCUGAGAAAUCCUUCAGAACUAUCAAGGGAAGAAUGCCUCCUCCUCUUUAAGAAAACAUGCCUUGGGGUUCUGCUGAUGCAAAGACCCUCAGAGUUCAUUCUUUGCUGGCUUCUUAUGUCACUCUGCUUCAAGCUUGGCACCUGUCCCUCUUAGAUGAUGUGAAGCAAACUUGAUGUCCUAGCUGCCAGUCUUAGGAUGCUAGUAACAGGGAGAGAUCAGGGCAACCCCACUCCUCAUUUUAUUAUUGGGGCAGACAAUACAAAUAGCGGCCAUCCUCCCAAUACCAGGUGGGCUCUGUCCAUUCUGUAACAAAACAAAUAUCUCUGAGCCAUAUACACACUCCCAAGAAAGUUAUGUAGGGUCUUUCAUCUGGCUACCAAGUCACAAGGCUUUGGACAUAUGCUCAGAAUAAAAACCACAGUGAAUCAUUGGGCCAUUGGCAAGUGAUCUGAGACAACCUUAGAAAACAAUGUAGGAAGGAUGGAUUAGUGGAUAGGUAGAUAAGAUCUAUAGAUAGAUAGAUAGAUAGAUAGAUAGAUAGAUAGAUAGAUAGAUAGAUAGAUAGAUAGAUGAUAGAUAACAGUAUAUAUGUAAAUAUAUACACUACACUCUACAUUUUCAGAUUCUUGACAUUAUUUUUCAAGGGCCACAGUUUUCAGGAAUAGAUACUCAAGCCAAAGUCUCCCUUCCCUUAGCGUACUUUGCUGAGGGUGGGUCCCAGAAACUUCUGUGGAAGUAAGGGAUCAUUAAUCAGACUUCCUACUGUUUCCUCUUCUACCAACUUUGUAGAUCAGAGGAAACCAAGAAACAGCUUUCAUCACAUACUUGAGGGAAAUUUUUGAAAUUUUAUCCAAGAAGAAAUAUUUUCAUUUAUUUUUGCAGUCAUCCACUUAUGCCCCCUCCAUCCAUUCAGGCAACACUUACUGAGCACCAACUGCCAGGCUGGGUGUCAGGAUCAUGCUGAGAAAUACUAAACAUGCAGCCCCUCUCUUUCUCCCUCUCCUCCAGCAUGUGGGAGGGACAGCCAUAAAACAAGUAACGAAAAGCAGGAUGAGGUCUAGAGUCCCCGGGUUUAUUAAGAAAAUCCACUAUGGAUGUCUUUGCUGCUUCUUAGUCUCUCUACAGACCACAGUUUGAAGCUGAGGGCAUCCUCUCAACCUAGGUUUCUGCAGCAGUCAUGUAGUGUGGAGGGUAGGGAAGGAGAGAGGUGAGAGGGACUCUUCUAGAAGGCCAAAGACACAAUCUCCAUAUUUGAUCAAACUACAGAAAGCUCCCCCAAUGUCAGCAGACGGGUACCAAGUUUUCUCUCCUUGUGAAGAAAGGGAGCUACCUGGCUUUAUGACUUCAUUCUGUGUCUUGAGUGUCACCUCUCAUGGUACAUCACUCAGAUAGCCACAGGCCCUCUUAGAAUACUGCUAAUCACAGCACGUGACCCUUGCCAGUCACAUGUGACCCUCAUGGUCAUGUGUGACCCCUCUAGCACACCUAAAACAGGCUUAAGUUUUCCACCAAAACAAAAUAAAGCAAAAAAACAUAUUUAACUUCUAAGAUAAUUGAAGAAAAAAGAAAAAUGAAAUCAAAGAAAUCUAAUUAAAGUUGUUAUCUGUGGCCAAUUGUAUGUCUGGAUCCGCGAAUCUACCCUUUUCAGUCCUUAGGAUUCUCGCUGAUCUCUUCCGAGAAAGGACAGGAUCGUGAUUUAAUGGUCCAUGAGAGGCCAGUGGGAUUAAUGCUCUUCCUAGGAGGAGUGUUUCUGUUCUCGUGUGACUCCAGAUGCUACAACCCCAGAAAGAAUUGUCACAACAAAGGGGCCCAUUCCCUCCCAACAGGCUAGGGUAAAAUCCUGGAGGAUUUUCUGGGACCCCUCAGGAGAUGAAGCCCUUUAAAAGGAAGUCUUAUUUGGAACACAUGGCCUAUUGAAGUAUAGCAAAUAAGAGAAGCCUUCCAAAGUUAGAGUUGGUAGGAGAGGAGGUUCUGCCACAUCCUCUCAGAUAAGGAUGGCUAAGUAGGGAAAGACCCCAGAAGAGGAGCUGUCUGUCUUCUGGCCCCAGGUCUGCCCUUCUCCCGCCCACAUAGAGCCUUCUAGCUUCCAGACUUUGCUCGUACUCAAUUCACUUCCUCCUGGCACUCAAUUCACUUCCUCCUGGCUCCAAGUGCAGUGUCUGUUUAUGUAAAGCCUUAAGGCUGGUGGAAGUAACUGCUAUCAUUUUGCUUCGGUGUGAAGAAAGAUCUGCCUCAGGAAUUAGGGAAAGCAAGGAGGCACUCCUUUAAUCAACUCUUCUUUGAUUGGCUCAGUGAGUGCUUAUGAACACCCUACUGUGUGCUCAUAAACAGCCUACUGUGUGCUCAGUACUGUUCCGGGCAUUGGAAGCACAAUAGCACAGGAACAGACAAGGGCCUUGCCCUCCUGGGAAAGAAACAGUGUGAAUUUCCCAAAGCAGCAAAUGCGCAGAAGACAGUGGGAAAGGCGCUGACCUGUGGCUUGUAGAAUCAUGACAAAAAAAAAAAAAAAAAAAAAAACCAGACAGUAGUAAAGAAACAGAAGACAUCCCAGUUUCCCUCUGGAUCAAAAAGGAACACAUUGAGUGCCCAAGCCUAGGACCUUCCACAAAAUGCACACAGCAAAGUGUGAACAGGACACAGCAAAAGAUGUCCCACCAUGUAGAAAACAACUUCAUGAGUAGCCUGUUCCUCUCUGCCCACAUUCUUCCAGAGGACCCCCUGAUGCCAGUUUGUCCUGCUCAAUCCCAUUACCCUACUCAGACACCCCAGGUGGAAGUAGGGAAUAUCUUGUCUGUCUCAGGGGAGCAUCCAAGAAAAAGUAGUUUUGAGCCUGGUAACAGGAAAUCCUUAUCAACCAGUCUCUCCGUUAGUGGCUAAGCCUACUAAGAUUGACCAAACUGAGUCAACCAACAAACUCCAGUGUGACAGAACCUUGGCUUCAGCCAGGCACCAGCUACCCUGUGCUCGAGGAUCCCAGGCAUUGUGAAAAUAGCCCUUAGGCCGUCUCUCCAGCCAGAGCAGCUCUAAUGAGGUAAAAUAGCUGCUAUGUGGUCAGACACAAAUCCUGAGCCCACUGUGCAGUCUUGGGCAAGCCCCUUCACUGACCUGUGCCUCAGUUUUCUCAUACAUCAAACAUGGGGAGGCAAGGACAUCAACUUUGCCUUUUCAAGACAGGUGAGGUGAGAAUGGGAAGGAGUAAUGGACUUACAGGGACCCUGGAGAGGCCAGCACAUCAGAAAGACCCAUUAGUCAGCCCACAGUGACAUUCCCUGGGGGAACCCGCCUCAAAGUGGAGCUAGUGGUGCCUAUAGACAUGCAGUCAUGCAGACAGGGAGGGAAGGAAGGAAGGAAAGGAAGAAGGAAGG